GUAUGGUCUACCAAAUUUUAAACCGAGGAAGUGAGAGGUCUGUUGUGUGUUUUGACAGCAACAUAUUUUACGGUAGACUUUUAUCAAACGAUUUAAGAGGAAUUCAUGCCGAGAACGUAUUUAUCAGAUUUGGGGCUGCCGAUGACGAAUGCCGAAGAUAUUGUUAGGGACCGCCGAUCGGUUUUUGUUCUUGGCGUCUUUCAAAUGCUGGUUGAUGCAAAGUGUUAGCAAAGACAAAAAAAACUAUUUCACUCAGGAAACAACUACCGGCAAAAGUAGGGAUUUACGCUGAGUGAGUAGUAAGUGUCUUGAGUGGUUCCAACUGGUCCAUCAGCCUUUCAAGUGAGUGGCUAUUAUUGUCGUGCACUGACUGAAGUGAUCCCGCAUAAACUCAGCUGACAGCAGUACAGGCCGGAUACAAGAUGCCUCUGUUCUUCAGAAAGAAGAAACCCAGCGAUGACGCCCAGAAGAGAAUUGAAUAUCAGCUGUGUCGGUCAAAAGAAGCAGGUGCUGAUGACAUCCUGGACAUCUCAUGUUGCGAGCUGUCAGAGGUUCCUUCGAGCGCCUUUUCGAUUUGCAAAGUUCUUCAAAAGAAAGUCCUCCUCUUACACAGCAAUGAGCUCAAGUCACUGCUUCCCAAAGGAAAUGAUAUCAUCUCUCUUGUCACUCUCAAGGUUUUGGAUUUGCAUGAUAAUAAGAUAAAUUCGCUCCCAGAAGACAUCGGGAAGCUGACGUCUCUGCAGAUUUUGAAUGUGGAGAAGAAUCGAUUAAAGGUCCUCCCAGAAUCCAUUGGGGAUCUAAAGCACCUGCAGACGCUCAAUUUGAAAGGCAACUGCCUCAGUGAACUACCAACGACAAUCAGCUCUCUGUGCAGUUUACGCACUCUAGACGUGAGUGACAACCUCAUCAUCCAGAUUCCCAAAACCUUUGCUUACAUCCGCACCCUGGAGAAUCUCAUACUGGAUGCAGCUACAAUGACCUUUCCUCCUGCAUCUGUGUGUGGGGAAGGUACAGCGAGCAUCCAGCACUUCCUGUGUUCUGAGCUAGGCGAGGAGUACUGCCCUCCAUCCCAGUAUCUUCUCCCUGUUCUGGAAAGUGACGGUGGUAAACAAAACUCUGACUGUGUGGAUGCUUUGGAUGAGGCCUGGCAGAAUAAAUUCAGUGACUAUGAGAAGAGAAAGAUUCAAAAGCAAGAGGAAAAACUGGCGAUAGAGCGACACAGAGAGGAGAAACAAAAUGAACACACCCAGCUUCUACUCAUGAACACCACUCGUAAAGUAAAUAUUCUCAACUCAGUCCGACAGGAGCAGGAGCGUUUGGAGCAGGGGUUCUCCCAGCAGCAGCGAGCCCAGGAUUCUGAGAGAUUACUGUUGUUAGAAAAAGUGAAACACGCUGAAAAUGACAUCAGCAGUCGCAUCAGUAGCAUGCUGUUGGAUGACAACAGGCAGAAAAAGAGUGCUGAGUUUCUCCAAGCCAUGGAAGAAGAUCGGAUCCGUAUGGAACAUCUGACUGCCAUCACACAGGAAGAAGCCAACUCUCUGAGAAAGAGAGAGGUGGCCACGGCCAUGCAGAAAAUGCUGACAGACAGCUGUGCUGUGAGCCUCCUUCAAGAAGCCAGCGACUAUCGUCGAAAGAGCUUGAUGUCUGAGGCCUACAAAAGUAUGGAGAAUCUGGAGAAAAAGUUUGAUAAGAUGCUGUCCAUCCAAGUUCUGGAUAAAUCUAAAGCCAUUGCCCAGAUCCUACAGGAGGAGGAGAUGCAGAAAGCAGCGUUUCAAGCACUUCAGCUGCAGAAAGAUUCUGUCCAUGGUUAUAUCCGCAACCAGAUCAAGCUUAUUGAGGGUGAAUUAUUGCAGCUGACAAAACUUGAAGUUAAAAGACGCAAUCUGGAUGCUGACACUCUUCAGGAAGUGCUUGUGGACCAGCGGACAAGUCUUGGUGAUUUGUUGCAACAACUGCUGAAACAGAAGCACCAGAGAGAGCAAGAACUACUGCAAGUUCUGGCGGAAAUGGAGCUGAAGGCAGAGUCCACCCAGCAAAACUACUGGAUGAUUCAGUACCAGAGAUUGCUAGAUGCCAAGCCUUUAUCACUGCGAAUGCAGGAAGCUGGUGUGGAAAAAGAGUUAGUAAAUCUUCUGUGCAAACUGUCGGCACAGCAUUACUUGCCCAUCAUGGCUCACCAUCGUGUGACUACCGAGGCCCUUCGCCACAUGAACUCAUCUGACCUCAAGAAGCUCGGCAUUACUGAAGGUGGCAUCCAAAAAGCUCUUCUGAACUGGGCUCAAGAACGCAAGCCUGGAGGUGCAUGUAAGGCGGUGGAGCAGAGCGAAGAAGUUCCCGCUCCAGAGUCGUCGUCUUCCUUCUUUCCAUCAGUUCCCAACACCUCCAGCACCAUGAUCCCAAGCCCGCCACUCACUCCGGGUACCCCCGUCACACCAUCAGCCCCGAGCCCAGUGGAGGGACCAGGAGGCUCCGAAUGUGUGGUCUGCAUGGAGACAGGGGCUCAAGUCAUAUUUCUGCCAUGCGGCCAUGCUUGCUGUUGUCAGGUCUGUAGUGACGCCCUCCUAAACUGCCCACUGUGUCGAGGCACCAUAUCACAGCGCAUACGGCUUUAUCAUAGUUAGAAGCAAAUGUGGCUUAGUGACUUUUUUUCCCUUAAACAUGCAUGAUGACAAUGCUGCUGUGAGUUCAUGUGUAGACACGCUUUGAGUAGGUUUUCGAAAUGCUGAGCCACUUUGUUGUAUUAACCAAAAGGUUUAUGCUGCAUUACUGGGCGAAACUGUUUUUUAUUAUUAUUUAAUGCCCAAUUCCUUUAAUAGUUGUUUAAAUUGAUUUGUUUUUACUUCUGUACACAUUGUGCCUUUUUCUGAAAAUAGAUUAUUUGCUUCUUUAUGGUACCUUUUAUUUCCGUAAACCAAAAUAACGUACCCACCUAUGUAGAUACAACUAACACUGACCAACCAUAACAUUAUGAGCACUUGUGCAAUGUAAUAUCCAAUACAAGAAAUUUGUCUAAUAUUGUACUUUAACAGAGAUCAUUAUUGUUUACAUUGUCUGCUGUUGCGUAAAAAUGUACUGAGAGCUGUACUGUACCUAAUAUUCAUGACGCAUUACUGUUUGGGUUAACCAAAAUAUCAGACAGAGCUCUUGUUAGGUGUUGCAAGAACCACACGGGAGACAAGGAAGUCAUUUUAGACACCUGCAGGUGGAGAGUCCACUCGUCGCUGUGGUUACAGCGAUGGUCGAAGGAGAUCUCUGACUCCGGCCCCAUGCAAGAGCAUUUUUAUUGAGGUUUACAGCUCUCAUUUUGAUGAAAAACAUUUUUACACAACUGCAAACUAUAAUCAGAAUAAUAAACUCACUCAAUUGAAUAUGUCUUUGACAGUGUCCAUCCUAAGCAUUAUAUAUUGUAACUGUAGUUGCACAAUAUUUGGUAGAUCUUUUGUUUCGAAUAGCAUAUUGUGCUUGUAGUCAUUAUGUUGUGCUCCUAUGGGUAAUUUACUAUAUGCUGUAGAUUAUGACAUCCACUUGCCCCAGUUUUAUACCGUAUGCAAGACUAUAUGGCUUGCUAAAUAUUAAACAGGAUUAUUUUAACUAUUGUCCUUUUUUGGGGCGGACAAUUUUGAGAGGUUAAAUUGGCCAUGUAGCAGUUUUUGACCUUGAUGGUUUAACCGCCAGUUCCCCUGUAAGGAAGAAUUUAAGCCUUUCAGUCAUUAUGUUGUGUUGUCACUGUGAAUUUCCAGAAUACGGGAUAAUGGAUUACUCUCAUAAAUUGAUUGAAUAUACAAACUUUGGCAGGUAUUUUUUUUAUAUUUACUUUUAUACACACAAUAAAGUGUGCAAAACAGACGUUAGAUAUCACUUGAUUCAUAAAUUAUACGGUAAAAGUUAUUUUAAUAUUUAUUCGUCAUUUUUUUUCCUUUUGGACGAUUUUAUUGAGAUAGCAGUCCUGUACUUAUACUGAUACUACUUCUUUUUAUACUGACCAUGACUCUCAGAGGUUACAGCUGGUUAUUCCUUGCAUUUCUUUUAUUUUCAACAAAUUCAGAGCAGGGAAAAAGCACCUUAAAAAACUUACGCUUGCUGGUAUGUAGUGCUUUAGUGAUUAGUGUAUUCAUUCAUUCUUCAGUUCACAAACAUUCUGUUAACUGUAAAUUAACCAACUAAGAAUUAACACUGAUAUUGUGCACCCUGCAGUCCCCUGUAUUGGGAAGGACUUGUAGUAGUUCUGCCAGCAAGGCCCUCCAGUCUUAUUCAUGUUUUGGACAAUUGACACUUUUAUUUUCUAUAUUUUAUGUGUGAUGCACAUUGCUGGCGUCAGGCGGAAUCUUCGUAUCUCCAAAAUAAUCACUUUUCAGGAGACCCCAAAAUUCACAGGUUAGUUCAACUAUUAGCAUUGUAUAUUGAAAACACUUUAGAAUGGUCAAUAAUUUGUAAAGGUAACAUCUACGUGUCAGGAAUCAGAAUUGCCCAAAAAGUAUAGAAUUUUGAAAUUAUAUGAAAUUCACCAAAAUGUGACUUAAGAGAUUUUGGGCCAACGCCAGCGAUAUAUAUGGACUAACAAAUCCUGUUUGCAGCCAUCACUAACUGUUAUAAUCUCUCAAGUGCUCUUACAUACAUGUAACAUGUCAAAAUAUAAACCACUUUCUUUUACUUCACGUGUAAUCGAUGUAUAUAUAUCUAUGUUGCUGUUAUAAUAUUGGAAAUUAAUUGAUGAGCAUCAUCAAUAAAAUGUUAAUGGAU